AUGGCCUCCAGCACCGCCACCAUGGGAAACCUGCCCCGCGGGGUCGGGAUCUGCACCAGCAUCCCGGACAUCCUCUACCUGCCGGAGCUGGUUUUCUCGUACAUGGCGACUUUGCUCUACUUCAUCCACACCAUCCUGUCGGCCAUCCGCUGGAAAUCCUUCUAGAAGGCUCCUCCCUGCCGAGCAGAACCACAACUCCUCAGCUUCUUCUGGGUGGUGAGGCUUUACAUUU